UGGUACCAAACGCAAGCGCCACUUUUUGGCAAAUUCCUUCCUUACCUCGCACUUUGGAAGCUAUUGCCCCACCUCACUCUCUCCCCCCUCUUCUAGCUUUUCUCUGGUUCCAUUCAGGAACUUGUUAGAGAGAGAAAGAAGAAAGAAAGAGACACUCUUUAGAGAGAGAAAGCUUAAACACCCCAUUUCGCUUUCAUAGUUUUCACUUUCCUCUUAUUUGUGAUGCUCAAGUCCUUUCCUUUUUAGAUAUAAGAUAAUAUAUAAUACAAAAAGCUUGAGUCUUUAGGGUUUUCUAGUGACAAGUUUCCAUUUUUCUUUUCAAAAGAAAAAAAAAAAACCACCAAUUGUGAACUUCCCAGAAUCAAGGUAGGUGACUAGAUUACAAGUUUCUAACCAUUUGUUUAUUAAGGGUCAGUUUGAAACUGAAACAGCAUCAACAAUUGAAGAAUUGGUAUUAAUCUGUGUUUGAAGAAUUGGUGAAGAGCUUUUUCAUGGGAUUUUUGGGAUAGCAAAAAAAGAAAAAACGGUUCUUUACAUUUGGCUUUGUGGAAUGAGAUAGAGCAAAGAGGAAAAUGUCUCGGAUUCAACUCCAUAUUCUCCAAAAAGAUGGUUACAUGGGUUACUCUCCUCCAUUUGUUCCUGCUCCAUAUAGUGGUGGUUUUCAUAAAGAACCACCAACACCAACAUCAUCAUCAUCAUCAACACCAUCAUCAUCUUCAUCUGGUACAAAAAUAAGUCCUGCUGUUCUUUUUAUUAUUGUGAUUUUGGCUGUACUUUUCUUCAUAUCUGGUCUGCUUCACUUGCUCGUUAGAUUUCUCAUAAAGCAUCCAUCUUCAUCAGCUUCUUCUCAAUCUAAUAGAUACCCAGAACUUUCUACAUCUGAUGCUCUUCAGAGACAGCUUCAACAACUCUUCCACCUCCAUGAUUCUGGUUUAGAUCAAGCUUUUAUAGAUGCUUUACCUGUUUUUCAUUAUAAAGAGAUUGUGGGUCUUAAAGAACCGUUUGAUUGUGCUGUUUGUCUUUGUGAGUUUUCUGAAAAGGACAAGCUUAGAUUGCUUCCUGUGUGUAGCCAUGCUUUUCAUAUCAGUUGCAUAGACACUUGGCUUCUCUCAAACUCAACAUGUCCUCUCUGUAGAGGAACCCUUUUCACUCCUGGCUAUUCUAUUGAAAACCCAAUGUUUGAUUUUGAUGAUUUUCAAGAUGAUGUGCGUUCUAACAAUAAUGGUAUUGGUGGGUACACUUCUUCUCAGAAAACAGUAGAGAUUGAAGAAACUGCUGUUGUUAAUAAUAAAAAGGGUGUUUUGCCUGUUAGGCUUGGUAAAUUCAGAAAGGUAAAUGCUGAGGAAACAACAGGAGGAGAAUCUGGGAUUGGAGAAACCAGUAGUAGUAAUUUGGAUGCAAGAAGAUGUUUUUCAAUGGGAUCUUAUCAAUAUGUACUUGAUGACUCAGUUCUCAGGGUACCCUUUUGUACUGAUCGAUUAAGCAAAGCAAUUGAACAAGGUAAUAAUCCUACUACAGUUGAUGAUGGAGAUAUGGAGGGAAAGAAGAUUAGCAGUGUAAGUAAAGGUGAAAGCUAUUCUGUUUCCAAGAUCUGGCUUUGGUCUAAGAAGGGAAAGUUUUCAACUUCAACAGAUUCACAAGCUGGUAUGCCUUCUUCUCUGAAUUUGGAUUUGCCAUGGAUGGAAAAAAGUACCUUAGGGGUAUGAUAAUAUGAGUGAAUACAGUGAGAAAGAGAGAGAUAGGGAGAGAGAGACAGAAAGGUAUAUUCUUUAUUUAUUUUGUGUUGUGAUUAUUAUUACUAUUAUUAUAAUUUUGAAUCGGUUCUCACUAGCUAGAAGAGUUUGGCCAGAAGUUGGGUUAGUUUUUUAAUUGUUCUUCUUUUUGAAAAUUAUUUUUGUGAUGCUAAUUCAGUGAUUCUGAUGAUUGGCCUUGUGCCAUUACUGUUUAUGUAUAUCAUAUCUUGUUCAUUGACACAACACAAUGAUACAUUACUCUUAAGGCAUUCUAAUAUUAAGAAAUGAACAAUCUUGAUCAAUGUUUUGCUCAA